AAAAUUUUCAUAAAUAAAAUACUGAAAACACACUUGAAGUUCAAGCAAAGCCCUAACACGUGGGCAAAUUAAACUCAAACUUGAAAGUCUCAAUCUAAUCUCAAAAAUAAUCUCCAGUCUAUACUCACAAUCAUAUAUGUAAAUAACUAAUAAUCUCUGAAGUUGUCGCUACUGAAAACCUUGACUAAGCAUCCUCCGUGACGCUUAUACUGCUCUCCUCUAGCUGGCUGCCCUCGAACUCGUUGCUCACUAACUGCUCCUCUAGCUCCUCAAACUAGUGAGUGAGAUGGGGUUAAUCUACGCCCUUACAUUUUAAUACUUCUAAUACUUGAGUACUCUACUUAAACACUUAACUUUGACUAGUGGAAGUUGUUUGUACUUCCAAUCUUAAAAUCUUAACUCUUAACCUUUGAGGGAGUUGAAGUUGCUCUCCUCUCUUGACUUAAAAACUUGACUGACACGGGGAUCCCUCACUAGCUAGUCCGCUUGCCAACUCAUACGUAUGAGAAACCAUCCAGGCUUUCCUUAAACUUAAACUUAGUUAGGGAAGUCGUAACGAUUCAUCCCCCUAACAUCUUAAACUUAUCGUGGUGGCUCUUCACCACGAUUCUCAAGAGCAUAACUGCUGCUCUAUCUCAAAAUGUCUCAAAAGGCAACGGACUGGCGCUAGUGACUAAAAACACUUAAAACGACGUCACCUUCAUGAAGGUGAGUUACUUCUUAAAAAAAACUUGUUUGUUAAACUUUAACAAUAACUUAUACUCAGGAAAAUUUCAAAGUAAAUAAUAACCAUUCACUUCAAGUCAUAAAUCAAACAAGGCACAUAUCACCAACCAUAAUCAUGCAAUCUCAAACAUGAAUCAAAUACUGCACAUAUAUCACGUAAGGCAAUACUCGAAAAAUACUCAAGGCAAUUACUUGAAAAUCGUAAGGCGUAGAAUUUACCCCCUUUACACUCACCUUAUUAUCAAGUCGAUUUACUUGAACUAGUCAUCAUCCAACGGUUGGUCGCCUUGAGCCCUCGUUUACUUUGAGUGCGCAAGCAAGAUCCAUCCUGGGUGCUUCCAAAAUUCUCUUUACCCGAUCAUCCACCUCAAGCUUGAAUUCCCCAUGAAUAAUUGAUCCAUCCAUCCAUCUCUAUAAUUGUUGACAACCCAUUUGUCUGUUUAUCUGAAGUGUAAGCUCUCCCAUUGGAAUGCAGAGUUUCUACAUGAGAAGCAGCAAGAACUCUACCUUUUCUCAGCUUUACAGUCCCCACAGAACCCUGGACCUUGAUCUAGUUCUAGUAUAUGCCUUACCUCCAAAAGACCCGCCAUGCCUAGUGGCGGUGUCAAAGUGUUGAAGUGAGUAAAACCCUUCAUGGGUAUGGUUAGUAUGGACCACGAAAUCCAUCUUCGAGACCAAUUUAAGGAGCCAAGCUGCCGUCAUCGGGGUCGAGGUGUAGACAAUCCCAACGAACCGCGGAAUAAAGGAUGGGGUAGAAGAUUGAUUUCUUGUUCACAGAGGUGUGAAGGAAAAAAGAAGAAACUGGGUGUCGUGGCAGCGUGAAGAGGUUGUUGCUUAUCCGGUCGAGCGUCAUCUUCCUCGGUUCAAUUUUGCAGGGUGCGGGGCUGCGGGCGACCCGCGGAAAGGCGAGAGGUGGACAACUGCUCCGGCAGUGGUGAUUUAGUGGUUUAAAAAAAAGAACACAAGGGUUUUUGGUAGGGGUUGGGGACGUUUAGGGUUUUAUUUUAAUUAAAUAAUUAUUAAUAAUAAUACAAUUAUUAUUAUUAUUAUUAUUAUUAUUAUUAUCCCUAAUCUGCGGUUGUAACUCUUUGUACGUAACCGUCGAUCCAAACGUUCGGUCGAACCUUAAUCGCACCCUAACCUGAAAAUGGGGUGUUACACAUCAUCAAUGAUAAAAUCAAACUUUUCAACACAUAAGUUAUAAAACAUUUCAAAUAUUUAAGUCUAAAAACAACUACAAACAUAAAAGAGAAAUUUUACAAUGCUAUAUAGUAUUGGUACAUAAAAAUCCACCAUUUGGAGCUUGCAAUUAUAGUUUUUCGGUCGAAAAUUUGGUUUGGUUGAAAAAAUCUUAUCUUCCGAACUAUCCAUAUUUUCCUUCCGAAUUUCGAACUCAAUAACAUUAAUUCGGUUUCGAUUCGGUUAAGAUUUACCAAACCGGUUGCCCACCCUAAUCACUUGACUUGAUUCAAUCAAAUUCGGAUUCAACAAGAUCACAAGUUUGUAGACUAACGAAGUCUCAAAUUAACUAAGGGGUCGUUUGGAGAAUAUGAGUUUAAAUCUACAGAUUGUCAACAAUCUAAAGUAUCUAACUCUUCGGAUUGUUGAAAACAAAUUUUAAAAUGUUUAUUGUUUGGUAACUGUGAUCGUUAACAUUCAAGUAAAAUAAAAAAUUUAAUUUUAUAUUAAAUAACAUGUUUAUCCUUAAUAAAAAAUUAGAGUGGUUCGAGAAAUAUUAAAAACUUUGUUGAUAAAUAUAUUUCAUGUGAUAAAUAAAUAAAAGCAAGAGAAAAAUUAGGAGAGAAAAAAUCUCACGAAUCAAGAUAUAAAAUCUCUCUGAUUAUGAGAGAUUUGAUAUCCACAGAUUUUAGAGAUUUGAAAUCUCUAAAGCUAGAAUCCACAAUAAAAAAGCAACAAAAAAACAUAACUUUCUACAAAAUCUACGGAUUCAGUGAAUCCAUGUCCUUAAUCCUGUUCUCCAAAUUCAAACGAACCCUAAACUGGGUUGGAGACUUAUGGUUUAACGGCAGAAAGCCGGAUAAACAAAGCCCAGGCGGCCAGGCCUAAGAGAGAAAAAUGCCUUCGACGGACGAGCUUGGGUUAGCUCUCUUCUUUUUGCCUAUCUUCAAAAAUGAAUUGGGCCCAUCACAUGUUUUUUCUGGUUGAAUAUUGGGCCCAUCACAUUGCGGUGGAGAUAUAGCAAUUUUGUAAUCUGGCUUCUACUUAACCAGUACUAUCUGUUCCUUCUUUUGGAAUUUGGAUAGGGUCUUCUGCCCUCUCUGUGCUCAGAAGCUCCUGGUCAUGGCGUCCUCCUCAAUCACUUCGAAUUUUCGUACCAGGUUCGAGAACCCUUUACCAUAAAGCUUCGAAUUCCUUUACCCGUGGUAGUAAUUUUGUGAAAAGAUUCUUGCUUGAAGCUCUAUUGGCUUCACUUUCAGUCUCUGUUAAACGUUUCUGGGUAUCUAAAUUACUUGAAAAUUGCUUGAGAUUCUCAGGUGAAAGGAUAUCAUUGAUUAGAGCCUUAUUGAGCUAGAGGUUUUAUUGUGGUUCUACGAGAGCCCUCCUUCUCCCAUUCUCAUUUAGAGUGAUAUAACUUCCAGUGGAGCUUUCUUCGCUGAAAAUGUUGAGUAAACAUUGAAAAGCAGUCUCUUUCACAAUGCUAGUGAAGUCAAGUUACUUGCGAAAUAGUUCAAGCGAGAGGAGUUAAUCUCCGUAUGAUGGUUUUUUAUACUGAAUUUAGCAGAAUGUUUUGAAUUAGCCUUCAAGGCUGAGGAUUUCUAAAGUGUGUUAGACUAUGUUUGUGUUCCUUCUUUGGUCUAUUUGGUAUGCAACUAAAUGUAGUCAUAUAGAGCACGAGUUGAGGUAUCUGAAAUCUCAGAUGUGCCUUGCCUUCUUCUGAUGUUUUCAGCAAUAUGAGAUCUGUGUUUUGGGGCGAGAGUAGCAGAAUCUGUGUAUCUCUCACUCCAGUUCCUCGUGUAAAUUUCCCGAGGUGGAGUAUCGAAUGUAAGGAGUCAAGAAUCGGUAAGCUGCCGAUUCAAGUUCCAGUGAAUGUGACCAUCACAUUGGAAUCCCAGGAACUGAAGGUCAAGGGACCUUUGGGUGAACUCUCUAGGGUUUACCCCUCUGAAGUCAAGCUUGAGAGGCAAGAGGAUGGAACCAUUCGUGUUAAGAAGGCGACGGAGACCAGAAGGGCCAACCAAAUGCAUGGGCUUUAUAGGUUAUCUCUCAACUCUAUUGAUUACAUGACUUUGCUUCCAUAGUGAUUCUGUGUAUGAUAGCAGAAUGUGUGUGAUAGAAAAGUAGCUUCAUUUUCAGAAACUGAUUGGUUGGGUACUUUGAGGGCUUCUAUGAGUUCUGUAGUCUGUUCUAAGUCAUGAAGUAUUUUGCGUGGGAAUUCACCUACUGAUAUAUUAAUGACUUGGAGUUUUAGUUGAUUACUGAACUACAUGGCUAGAAGUGUGAAAUGAGCUAUCAUGUAUUGAUGGAAGCUUCUUGUUGUCAUCUAAGAAAUUAUAGUGCUCUUGGCUAUUAUAGCAGGAACAAACUGAGAACAGAAACUCGAGGCCAUGUUCUUGUCACUAGUACCUUGUCAAAUUUACGUACUACCUAUAAUGACUCUGACUACGCUUUGCCUCUCAGGACACUUACCGACAACAUGUUGGUGGGAGUAUCGAAGGGGUUCGAGAAGAGGCUUCAGUUAGUCGGUGUUGGUUAUCGUGGAACAGUUGAAGGAAACGACUUGGUUUUAAGUCUGGGGUUUUCUCAUCCAGUCAGGAUGAAAAUUCCGGAUAACUUGAAGGUGAAGGUCGAAGAGAACACCAGAAUCAUAAUCAGUGGGUAUGACAAGUGUGACAUCGGCCUGUUUGCUGCUUCGAUUAGGCGAUGGAGGCCCCCCGAGCCGUACAAAGGCAAGGGUGUGAGGUAUGCGAAUGAGGUUGUGAGAUUGAAGGAAGGAAAAGCAGGGAAGAAGAAGUAAAUGAUUGUUUUCAUCGUUUGUUUUUGGUGUUUUUGUACUUGUUUUGUGUUAGUGUUUCACCAACAGUAUGAUUGAGAACAUUGCGAGUGUGAUCUGCCUAAUUGAGCUUACUCUUGCUCUACUGAUACAUGGGAUCGAAUCUCAAUAGCCAGCGUGGUGAUGUAUACAUAAUUCUUUUGGAUUUCAUAAAGGAGCACAAAAAACUGUUAGCAACCCAGGCAGCACUAUUCUCUUGCAUAGCUCCUCCUGAAAUACCCGUUGUUUCCAGAAAAACCAAACCAGAUUAACAAAUGCCUCUAGCUAUAGCAGUCGCGGCACAGUGUUUGUUCAUAUUCCAUGUAGAUGGGGACUAUUAGACGAGCUUCUACUUCCUAGCUUUGCCUGUUACCUUCUGUUUGUUAGCAGACACACUCAUAGUCAUAGCUUCCUAAUGACCUUAUACUUUCUCUAUGACAUUUGUCAAAUCCAGGCCCUUCUGAGUUCUGAUUAACAAAAAAGAUUUGUGAAGAAAUCAGGGCUGAGGCCCAACAAAUAGAGGGGUUUUCCUUGGAUUUUUGUUGUCCUUGUGUGCUACUUAUCGCCUGAAGGUAUGCUGUCGAUUCUCAUUCCUUUCUCUCUUUGUUUAAGCUCUUGCAAUCCAACAAAACUAAAGGGGCUUGGCAGCUGUUUUCCUACACUGAUUGCGGUAGACCUAGUGCUUGCUAGAUCUAUUGAGAAUGAGUUUGAAGACACAGAUCUGGUGCAAUGCUGUUAAAGUGAGGCUCCUACUUGAUUUGGACAAAGUGUCGUCGUUGUUGGUUGCAAUGGUAAGAUUGAUGCAUAAGCUUCCAAUGGUGCUAUUAUUGUUAUCUCUCAUUUUCUAGAUUCGCAUGUCACAAGAUUCGUUGGUGUCAAGGUUCUGUUUGGUUUUUUUAAUUAAUGCUGAAUUGUCAACUGAGUAACUUGUAUAAGCUUCCAAUGGUGUAGUAACGUGGUUAAAAUGAAGCAACUAGUAUGAUCCCUGAAAGCAACGGAUGAACUUUGGUUAAAAUCGUGUUACAGGGGUGACAUGUUGCUUCCUAUUACUGCGCUCAGCUGCUACUCAAGCUGGUUGCUCAGUAAACCUUAUCUAUGUUUGCCGCUUCUCAAACUUGGUUGCUUCUGGUAGUUGUUCUGAUUUUGUCGUGCACUCCUAGCAGUCAUGGGUCUCUUUGUAUGCAGUUUAAUACGAGAGGUUCUAUGAGCAACCUAAUCUGCCUAACUCAUCAAAUGUUUUUCAGUAUUCCAGAAGGUACACACUAGUCACGAUACAUAUAACUAAUCACGGUACAUAAUUAGUCACAUAGCUAGAUGUCAUAAAUACUGUAACUAGCGAUUAAUAUCUAGUCACGGGAAACAAUUAGUCACGAUACAUAUAACUAAUCACGGUACAUAAUUAGUCACAAAGCUUUAUAUUACGGUAAUUUUUCCGCGACUAAAAUUAUUAGUCACGGGAAACAUGCUGUUAAACACGGUAUGUCCCGUGAUUAAAGAACCCUUUUCUUGUAGUGAGUGUCUCAAUGAUUUAUUAUUUAUAAAUACAUGUUGUAAUUUGUA